AUGUAUACUGACGGAGCAUCCAAUUCCCAAAGGGCUGGCAUUGGCAUCGUAUUAGAGGCUCCCUCGGGCCUCAAAAUUGAAGAAGCCAUUCGUUUAGAGCAAUCCACGACGAAUAAUGAAGCAGAAUAUGAGGCACUAAUCUAUGCUUUAGAACUAGCACGAGAAAUGGGCAUCCAGCGUCUGAAUGUCAGAGGAGACUCACAGCUUAUGAUAGAGCAAGUGGCUGGAAAUUUCGAUACUAAGGCACCCCAUCUGACUAGCCUUCUACAGAAGGUAACUGACUUGCGAUCACAUUUUCGCCAGUUCGAACUCAUACAAGUGCCUAGGGAACAAAAUCAGAAGGCCGAUGCCCUCGCCAAAUUAGCCUCUGCAGGAGGUUGCACACGCCAGUCCUCCAUAUCUAUAAGCCGAUCAAGCAAAGACAUGGAAGUCUAUUCAACAUCGUCCGGACCUGAAUGCUGGAUGGAUCCAAUCAUAAGAUACUUGUCCACCUCCGAACUCCCACAUAAUCCGAACGACGCAAAGCUUCUGCGCCUUCGGGCACAACGUUAUUCCAUAAUCCAUGGGAUGCUAUACCGCAGGUCCUUCAACGGCCCCUACCUACGGUGUUUGCGUCCAUCAGAAGCUAAAAAAUUACUAGAAGAGAUACAUGAGGGGACAUAUGGAAAUCACACAGGGGGACGGAGCGAACUACCUAAGGCUGCCAGAGGAAGGCGGUAUGCUCUGGUGGCCACUGAUUACUUCACAAAAUGGGUUGUGGCAGAGGCAUACGUCACAGUCAGCAAAACAGACACUAUGUCCUUCAUUUGGAAGCAUAUCAUUUGUCAAUUUGGGAUACCAUGGGAGAUAGUCGUGGACAAUGGAACCCCAUUCCAAAAUGCGAAGGUACAAGAACUAUGUGACACAUACAAGAUCAAGCUAAGCUUUGCCUCUGUCACUUACCCACAAGGCAACGGCCAAGCAGAAGCUUCCAACAAAGUUAUCUUUGCCAACAUUAAGAAGAACUUAGAAGAUAAAAAAGGAGCAUGGGCAUAUGAACUACCAAAAGUGUUAUGGGCAUAUAGGACAACAAAAAGAUCCUCUACGGGGGAAUCUCCCUUCGCCAUGGUAUAUGGAACAGAAGCCAUCAUCCCAACAGAAGUGGGCCUACCUACACUUCGAACAGAGAUCGUGUCUGAUCAAACAACCAACAACAUCCAACUAUUACACAACCUAGACCUUCUGGAAGAAGUACGUACGAUGGCGCAAUUACGACGAGAAAAUUAUCAAAAGGCCGCAGAACGCUACUACAACAAAAGAGUUCACACACGCACAUUUCGAGAAGGUGAUUGGGUUCUGCGUAAGGUCACAAGCAACAAGAAGAAGCUAGAACCUAAUUGGAAAGGGCUUUUCAAAAUCAUAAAAGUGCACUACAAACCCUACCCUCUUACCUGCAUAAGAGGAGCACUUCCUGCUGUCUACUCUGCCCUGACUAUCGCAGCAGAACCAUCAACUGUCACGCUUCAGAUUCUUCACCAGUACAUACUAACUGGUUUGGCAAUCCAAGGCCUGGGAGGAACUUGUCCCACAUUCGCACCCAUAUCCUACACAAUGGGUGCCUCUGACAGGAUACAAGACAGCCCAAACAAGCCAUCGAUAUACCACACGGUAUGGGUGCAUUGGAAAGAUAUCUACCUCGCACUCUUCACCUUUAGCAUCUGCCUCGACGCCCGAUUCUACGCUUCGCCCCCUGCCUUCGGCCAAAAUCACAUUAACCCCUUUAACACUGUGGGAAAGUAUCAGUCACCAGAGGCCGAACCCCCUCGGAUUGGACCGCUACAUAACUCCCUACGCGUAAGAAGGUCCACCACUCAACAAUAG